ACCUUGUACCUUCUGCCUCUGAUGUUUACAUUCUGCCUCUGAUGUUUACAUCGAUUCUUAUGCUCACUUUGCAGCACCGGCCCCCCCUCCUCAUUCACAUCCUCCUCCAUCCUUCUCCUCCCUCACUUCACUUGCUGCUGAGCAAUUGUUCCAGAAAUCAUUCUUUCAUUUCCAUCACCUGCAGGAAGCCCGCUGAGCCCAAAAUAACCCCAAUUCUCCUCCAGGCUUUUCUUUAUCGCCCCAUUUUUCCUGUGCCUUUUUCCCUUGAGUCACUUGUGCCGUCACCGUGUUUAUUCCUGAAGUAUCCUUCACUCACAUCCCCAUACAGUUUUUCCAAAACAACUCCUUGAUCUUGCAGCUUCCCUCCAUAUGAUAAAUUCAGUUUUAGAUAUAGUUUGAUAAAAUUACAGCUUCCAGGAUUGAUCAUAGCUUUAUUAGCCCACUUUCAAAUGCUCACAGACACAAGAAAUUACUUUAUAAACUUUCCAGUUUCAGUUUCAGCCACAUAAUAACAGCACUCUAGGAAAGCAUCCUCCGUUUCUUAAUCUUUUAAUAAUACAGUAAAUCCAUGGGGAGGCAGUGUCACAUUUCAUGUUUUCUAGCCUCUCUUUUUCCCUGCCUGGCUCUUUCUCUCUCGUUCCCAACUUCCCUCCUUCAGUCUAUUGUGUACUUUUCCUGUGACUACCAUCUGACCGGUUUGCUUUGUCACUGAGUCACUCCUGCGCGCGUGCACUCUGGAGCAUCAGCACUGAAAUGAUUAUAAUUUCUCACAUUAUUAAGCAGGAUUAUGCCAAAUAUUUAUUAAGCGGAACGUGACGGCUGCAGAGUAAUCACACCAUCUUGAUAGACCAGUUCCUGCACACCUGCAGUUGCCAAGAUUUGCGCAAAUUGAUCACUUACUUUCCGUAAGACAUGAGUAGGCAACAUUUCGUAGGCAUUCUACAAUAGAGGUGGAAAGAGUCUGUAACUGUUCUAUGUGUUGAUCCUGUGCUGGAGUGUAGACAGAUCAUUACUGGUGCUGGGUUACUUCCAAUAUUACUAUAUGUUUAUUAUUAACAUAAUAUGAUUUUUAGUUUUGACCAGUAUUGUAUGAGGUGAUUCUAAAUCGUCCGCAGGUGUGAAUGUCCCCUGCUUUUGCCCUAAGUCAGCUGAGAUAGGCUCUAGCCCCCUCGUCACCCAAACGAGGAUUAAGUGGUGUAAUACUGGAUGGAUGGAAAUUUAAGAUAUUUGAAAGAAUUUCUUUUUAUCCCUUAUAGACAAUAGCAUGAUCUGUUUUUAUUCCCUGCAGGACAGUUUAGACCUAAUAUGUAGGGUAUGCAUAAAUGCCACACUUGUCAUUUGGUAAACAUCUUUUUCAGACAUGUAAGACAUUAAAAUGCUUUAAAAUAUAUUAUUUCUUACAUUUUAUGAGGGUACUUCAAAAAGUAUUCCAUCAUGGAAUGAAAGAAUUGUUACUUUUUAGCUCUUUUUACCUUGAAUCUUACCUUGAGUUGACUUACUUCACCCUUUAUUUUGUAUUCAUUAAAUUAUGUUUGUAAAGUUAUUAUUAUUCUUUCUUUUUCCCUUCUUCUUUUUUUGAACUUUCCUGUCAAUAUGCUACCAGUAUUUCUCUUUUAAAUGUAUUCAACUAUAAAACACAAACAAACAAACAAAACAAAAAACUGUAACUCCUUCAGGACCACCUGUAACUGGGGACGGGGGUAUAAACAGAUCACAAUUGAUCAUAUAGUAAACCCAGGUACUUUAUUAUAAAAUAUAGCUGAGAAUUGUUGCCAGUAAUAUAUAUCAGUUGUCCUUCAAAAUGCCCUCAUAGCUGUACACAACUUCUGUAAAAAAGGCAUUUAUUUCAGGUUUAUAAAUACACUGAAAAAUAUAUUUCCAAAUAUGUGCAAGUUCCCAGGUUUCAAAUCAACUUUCAAACCAUUCUGAUGUCGCCAAGCGGUGCUAUAAUUUGUUUUAAACUAAAAAUAAAUGUUCCUCAUUCAACAAAUGAAUCCAAACAGCCUAGAGCAUCAAAGUCUAUAUAUAUCAUUGUACACAGUGGUACUCAAACAUCCAAGUGAAUUAAUCAUAAAUAAAUGACAUUUUUAAGUUGAUUGGGAUAAAGGAUAUAGCGAAUGCAUGUUAAAUUGCUAAGAGUGCUGCUUAUUAUUAUUUUUGCUUGAAAGAAAAGAAAAAAUUUAAAAGAAGACAAUAAAUUCACAUAUGAAAAAGAUCUCAAGAUCUACAUGCAACACAACAGGUUAUACUUUAAUGGAAUUCAUGACUUACAGAUAUAUAAAAUAGCCAAACUAUAUUUGAGAUUAAUUUUGUGGGGAAAAUUAACAUCAUACACACAAUCUCAAAGCACAAGAUCCAUGUUUCUCAAAAGAAAUUCUUACUUUAGUCAGUUGACCCUUCAAGGUCUCUAUUUGUAGAGGUCAGCUGUAUUUGGACUACAUGCAGUAUAUUGUGUUGCAGGUGUUAUGACAGAUACUUGUGAUACUAGUCUUUGUAUGAUUAAAGUGUAAAGUCCUGGAUUGCAUCAAGGACCAUUGUUUUUUUCCACUAGUCUGGAAGUUCACUGAGGGUCAUCCGUCUCUUGUAGCUCUGACUUGUUGAUAUCCUGCAUUUAAUUCAUCUUGAAGGAAUAUGGACUUACUUCCAGGAGAACGCUUUGUGAGGACUUUUCUCCCGCUACCAGUGACGUAGUAUACAUCCUGUUGUUGUAAGCCUAGCAGUCCACUUCAGCCUCCCGGACCUGUUUCCUUUACCCACUGGGCACAAGAGUGAGCAUCCUGCCAGGAAAGCCUGUCAUUCACUCACAUAUCAUCUUCUCACUGAUUUCAUGUGUCAAGGCUCUCAAGAAAGUGUGUGAACUUCUUUUAAAGCUUGUUAGCACAAUGAGUAUGAGAGCGGAAAGUAGUUAAGCUGAAAACAAAACGGUAUAUUUACUUGAGCAAAAGCAGAACUUGAGCAGUGUGUUUGCCGUCAUCCUCAGUGCAGACUGAUUUCUGUCACAGGUAUUUUGGUGUAGAGUAGCACCAUCUGUAGCGUAUGGCUAGGAUAUAAUGUUUACCUUCAAUAGAAACCAUUUAUAAUGCACAGCUGUGCACAUAGUAUGCAUGAGAUAAAUACGAUCAUCUGAGUGGGCUGACUCAAACAUGAAAACAGUGCCAUCUUGUGGGAGUAGACACAAACCACAUUGCAAUAAAAUGUGAACAUGUAAUAGCAUCACAUGUAAUCAGUACAUCCUCUUGUGGGAUUGAGUGAUUUCUGAUUUUGCUAAAACCAAGAAUGCAAAUGUUUCCGAUUCUACAUAACCAACUAAAAAAUGCAACAGUUAUCUUAAGUGGCUCUGCAGAUGCAUUUCUCUGCAGUACUCUUCAAGGACAGCUUAUCCAUCAGUUGCUCCUGCGAUGUUAUGCAACAACUAAAGAAGCGUGUCAAAAAACAAAGUCUUCAUGGUUAUUUUAGAGUUUCCCAAGCUAUUAACAGAUGUCAAUAGAAGAGUGUUAAAGCUGGACAGAGAGAGAAAGCAGUGCAGUGCAAGUCUGAAAAACCUGUAAAAGGUUAGAGGGUCAGUACUGAGAGAUAUAAGCUUAGAUUCCAUUAGUGGAUUAUAACCAUAAACACUCCAUGGCUCCUGCAUCUCUCUUGGAUUAAAGAGAGAGAGAGAGAGAGCGACAGAAAGAGAGAGAGGUAGGCAGAGUGCAUGAGGGUGACUGGAAAGCAAUUGAAUUGAGCAAAUUCAAAGAGAGAAUACAGCACACUGCACAUACGUAGACUAAGAAACACUUGGCAGUGAGCUGACGCAAAGUUGGAGCAGUGACAUCUCUAUCAGGGAUUCUGCUUACAUAGAGUACAUCACCUGGCUGAUAAAGUGAGCUACACAAGGAAGCAUGAACGUGGACGUGGAGGGGAUUAUCCAGUGCAUCAAGCAGGGGGAUGAGAACGGUGUUCAAACGCAGCUGCAGGAGUUCAACAAAGAGUACGCACAGUGCUUCUUCUUCGAUGCAGAGGAGAGGGAAAAAAAGAAACAAAGAAAACUAGAGGAGUUCAGGAAAAAUAAAGUGAGGGACUACGCUGAUUCUGACUCCGACUUCGAUGAGUACGACCUGGAGGAUCGAGGCCUAAUCCUCAGACAGAAUUUAGCUGUUGUCCUCCUGAGGUUCAUAAGAACAGGAGUCAAAUGUCGUCUGUUGAGAGUAUCUCUACGCACCCUGAGGAUUCUGUCCAGGGACAAGAAGGUCCUGGGCCCUUUGGUGACUGACAGCGCUCUCCUGACUCUGGCCAAACUAGCCGGCCUGACCACGAGUGACGUCAGUGACGAAGCCAACGACCCCGACUCUGAUUUCUAUGACAACAUCAUGGCUUCUCUUGCUGAGGCCAAAGUGCUACAGAGUCGCACUGAUGAUGACGAAGGCGAAGCUGACACCAACGACCAAAACGAGGAAGGCUCUGCCUUUGAUGAAGAUGCCAAGAGCGACAUCAGCAUCGCCAACAGCGGGGACAUGGACAGCAUCAGCUGGUUCGGGAGCCACAGGACCAGCAUCAACGAAAUGCACAGGGGUGGCAUCCAUCACAAGGUGCUGGAGAGAGGGAGGAGGGACCGGAGGGAGAGCAAGAUGGAUGUGGAGGAAGAGGAGGAGGAGGAAGGGGAGUCAGGGGAGGAGGCCCAGAGAAAAGAGGCCAUGAAGGUGUUGUGUAACGUGGUGUAUAACAGCACCUGGGCGCAGGAGAGGUUCAGUGGCCUCAGGCUCCUGUGUGGUCUCAUAGAGUGUCUGUCCUCCAGUGUGAACUGCUCGUCUCCCUCCAGUGUUCAGUUCUAUGAAUUACGCCUCAUGUUCCUCAUCACUGCGCUACGUCCAGAGCUCAGCACUCAGCUUCAGCAGGAGGGAGGAGUGUCGAUCCUCACAGCGGCCUUGGAGAGCUGCCUGGAGGUGCAGUGGAAGGACCAGUAUGAGUGUGUACUGGACCCUGCGACACCACCCAUCUCUCUGGAAGCCUCUCAACGUGUCACUGAGAUCCUCAAAAUCCUCUUCAAUAUCACCCACAGCACCCACAGGCAGGAGCCAAGUGAGGACGAUGCAGCUCUGUACCGACACCUGGUGGCAAUUCUGCGACUCUGCCUGAUGAGGAAAUGUACGCUGGCGGACGACACUGAUGAGCUGCAGGGUCACACAGUCAACCUGCUGUCAGCGCUGCCUCUCCAGUGUCUCGACGUGCUGCUGAUGGUGCCUCUGGAGCCGGACUCAAAGCAGUGUCAGGGGGUCAACAUGGACUGUGUGCACAUGUUGCUGAUGUUCAUGGAGAGGCGCCUGGAGUCGGGGGAUAAGAUCAAAGAGAAGCUGACACCGAUCCUCAAUCUGCUGACAGAGAGCUGCAGGGCCCACAGAGAAACACGCCACUACACCAGGAAACAUAUUCUGCCUCCUCUGAGAGAUGUAUCACAUAGACCCGAGGAAGGCUCCACAGUGAAGAGUCGUCUGAUUCGUCUCAUGACUCAUCUGGACACAGACCUCAAACACUGUGCUGCUGAUCUAAUCUUUGUCCUGUGCAAAGAAAAUGUGAGCCGUUUUGUCAAGUACACAGGUUACGGUAAUGCAGCGGGCCUCUUGGCCACCAGAGGUCUGCUGGGUGGUCAGGGGCCCCGGACCUCCAGCUCUGACGCCCAGUACUCCAGCGACUCCGACUCAGACACCGAGGAGUACCGGCAGGUCAAAGACCGCAUCAACCCGGUGACGGGGCGGGUGGAGGCAGAGCAGCCAGAUCCUAUGGAGGGCAUGACGGAGGAGGAGAAGGAGGAGGAGGCCAAGAGGCUCAUCAUGCUCUUCAACAAGCUGUCCAGAGAUAGUAUCAUCCAGCCGAUGGAAGUGGAUGCAGAAGGGAAACUCGUCCCGAUGUCAGGACUUGGAGGCAACUCUCUUGCCGAGGAAGCAAAGUCUGAGUCAGAGAAUGACGGUGAAGCAGGUGAAGGAGAGAAGGACUGAAACAUGUCAAAUCCACUCAUUCAGUUUACUGAUUUUUUUCUUUUUGAAAAUAUCCCAUUUCUCAAGUUGGUCAGUGCAUAAAUAUUGAAAUUGUGUGGAUGUUGCAGAAGGAAAGAGCUGUAGUUCUUGUCCAGAUCCAGCUAGCCACUCUGACAACUUAAGAAAGGAUAUAAAAAGGUAAUUUCAUUUUUCUUCUUCUUGGGAUUUAGGCUAAUAAUUUAGAGCAGCAAUAAGGUCACACUGGUUUGAAUGAAACUCUGAAUCGGUAGUAGCUCCUGAGAAGGAAUUGAUUUCAUGGUGAUAAUAACCCAUAAAUGUUUGAAUAAAGUCUUAAAAUCUUA